GUCCUGCUUUUCUGGAAAACCUUCCUGCAGUAUAACCAAGGGCCAGAGUACCACUACCUCCACCAGAUGUUGGGGGAUUGUGUCUAAGCAGAGCCUCCGCAUCUGUUCUAAACCUCAACUGCAGCCUCAUCCUGUUACCCAUGUGCCGGACACUCCUUGCUUACCUUCGAGGAUCCCAGAAGGUUCCAAGCAGGAGAACCAGAAGAUUGUUGGAUAAAAGCAGGACAUUCCAUAUCAUCUGCGGUGUUACCAUCUGUAUUUUCUCAGGUGUGCAUGUGGCUGCCCACCUGGUGAACGUCCUCAGCUUCUCAGAGAACUACCGUGAGGACUUCCUUGAACUGAAUGUAGCAAGAUAUCGAGAUGAGGAUCCUAGAAAACUUCUCUUCACAAGUGUUCCUGGCCUGACAGGCGUCUUUAUGGUAUUGGUGCUGUUCCUGAUGAUUACAGCUUCUACAUAUGCUAUCCGAGUUUCUAACUAUGACAUCUUCUGGUACACUCAUAAUCUCUUCUUUGUCUUCUACAUGCUGCUGAUGUUGCAUGUUUCAGGAGGGUUGUUGAAGUAUCAAACAAAUAUAGAUACGCACCCUCCAGGCUGCAUCUAUCUUAAUGGAACCCGGUACCGGAAUACUCACUUACCUGAAAAUCUCUCAGAACAUUUUCGUGAAUCUUUUCCUGGAGGGUUUUCAAAACCAGAUGAGGUUACCCGGAACACAUCUGUGAAGAUUUGUCAGGAAGAGCCCAGGUUUCAAGCUAACUUUCCACAGACUUGGCUUUGGAUUUCUGGACCUUUGUGCCUAUAUUGUGCUGAAAGGCUUUACAGGUGCAUCCGGAGUAAUAAGCCAGUCACCAUCAUCUCCGUUAUCAGUCACCCUUCAGAUGUUAUGGAAAUUCGAAUGGUCAAAGAAAAUUUUAAAGCAAGACCUGGCCAGUAUAUCACUCUACACUGCCCCAGUGUAUCUGCAUUAGAGAAUCAUCCAUUUACCCUCACAAUGUGUCCUACUGAAACCAAGGCAACGUUCGGGGUCCACCUUAAAAUAGUAGGAGACUGGACAGAACGAUUUCGAGAUUUACUACUCCCUUCAUCUAGUCAAGACUCUGAGAUUCUGCCCUUCAUUCAGUCUAGAAAAUAUCCCAAGCUAUAUAUUGAUGGUCCAUUUGGAAGUCCAUUUGAGGAAUCAUUGAACUAUGAGGUUAGCCUCUGCGUGGCCGGAGGCAUUGGAGUAACUCCAUUUGCGUCAAUACUCAACACCUUGCUGGAUGACUGGAAACCUUACAAGCUUAGGAGACUGUAUUUUAUUUGGGUGUGCAGAGAUAUCCAGUCCUUCCGUUGGUUUGCGGACUUACUCUGUGUGUUGCAUAAUAAGCUUUGGCAAGAGAACAGACCUGACUAUGUCAACAUCCAGCUGUACCUCAGUCAAACAGAUGGGAUGCAGAAAAUAAUUGAUGAAAAAUAUCAAGCGCUGAAUUCAAGACUUUAUAUUGGACGUCCUCACUGGAAACUCCUGUUUGAUGAAAUAGCAAAAUGUAACAGAGGGAAAACAGUCGGUGUGUUUUGCUGUGGACCCCGAUCGAUUUCUAAGACUCUUCGUAAACUGAGUAACCGAAACAACUCGUAUGGGACAAGAUUUGAAUACAAUAAAGAAUCUUUCAGCUGAAAACCUGGGAUUUAAAGAAGGAAUGAGUGCAAUUGCUAACACUUAGAAAUUCAAACAGCUAUCCUCUGCCAAAGAGUAGCAAGGCUUUCUUAUUUAUGAUUAUUUAAAAUGGAAAUGCAGAGAAUGAGGCAAGAUGACAGGUCACAGUACACCAAAGAGGCUCUGAAGAAUAUCUGAUGUGAUGAUUCACUUUUCAAGGGAGUUAAAACUAUCAGAUGCCCACUGUUGAUUUUUAUGACCGAUUCAAGAGCUCCCUAGUGAGGAGCUACACUUUCUCACUGUGAGGCUGAUAGCCUUGGUCCUCUUUAAAUUGUUUUUGGUUGAACAAAUGGAAGAUUGAACAAAAUUUAAAAAUUCAUUGAAACUCAGAUUACAUUUUUCACCAAAGAAUAACAGAGUGGCUUUGAUUUAGGAAAGCUCCAUGCAAAUAUAUUAGAUGUUUGAAGAUUUAGCAUAAGACGAUUGAUACGGGUACUUUGUGUCAAUAUCUAAUUUUCCUCACUACUGAGCUAAUAACUCUACUUGAUGUCUUUAGACUGUAUGCUGAAUGAAUCUUUUACAGAUGUUGUAUCUAUUUUUAUAUCCCUCCCCUCUCUGUCUAGGGAAAUCUUCCCUCCCUUGGCAUGCAUUAGGCAUAAUUAUUUAAUCAGCCAUAUUAUCCUCAAUUUAUUAAUCACUGUUGCAUAGAAAUGAGGAAAUAUUAUUACUAUAAGUUAUAAAGGGAUAUAGAUCUAAUAAGUUUUUUUCCCUUUUCAGCAUUGUGAUCUCUAUUAUUUUUAUUUACUUUUCCCCCAGCAUAGUUUGUCUUAGUUUUCAAUCUCUUUUUAAAAAUACAUUUUUAUUGAUCUUUAGAGAAAGAGGGAUAGAGAGAUAGAAAC